UCUGCAUACCCUUUCUCCUCAGAAUAUUCCAAAUAUACUGUCUCGUCAUUAUGCAUUUUGCUGCAGUUUGACAAACUAAAUGGUCCUCUGCACGUUAAGAAGAUUAUUUUAAAUUUCAGAGCAUUUGUGUAGUUGCUAGGCCAUGUAUGCAUUUGAAGAAUUCAGUGAACAGAGUAUUUGCCAAGCCCGAGCUUCAGUUAUGGUCUAUGACGAUACCAGUAAGAAAUGGGUGCCAAUCAAACCUGGGCAGCAGGGAUUCAGCAGGAUCAACAUAUACCACAACACGGCCACAAACACCUUCAGGGUAGUGGGAGUUAAACUGCAGGAUCAACAAGUAGUGAUUAAUUACUCAAUUGUGAAAGGACUGAAGUACAAUCAAGCAACCCCUACCUUUCAUCAAUGGCGCGACGCACGGCAGGUCUAUGGCUUGAACUUUGCAAGCAAAGAAGAGGCCACCACAUUCUCCAAUGCAAUGCUGUUUGCUCUGAAUAUCAUGAACUCACAAGAUGGAGGUCCAGCUGCCCAGCGCCAGAUCCAGAAUGGUCCAUCUCCAGAUGAGAUGGAAGCACAGAGAAGACAAGUGAUGGAGCAACAGCAACAGCGCCAGGAAUCUCUGGAAAGAAGAACCUCUACCACAGUUUCCACCCUUCAGCCAAGCAUAUGCUCUGCCCCCUCUCAUCCCCAGUCUCCUCCUCCUGCCUCUAGUAACUGUGGUGCUCCUGCCUCUGGUGUCGUGCUCCCCCCACUACCUCAAGCCAGCGCUGUCUCUUCAGCACCCGCUGUCCCUGAGCCCAGCUGUCCAUCUCCUUUCCUGUCCCAGGGGAGAGCCAGGGAGCCCCCACAGUUCCUGCACAGGCACUCGGCCUCUGAGCUGCCAACAGCCCCAGGUUCCUCCCCUCCACCCUGCCCAAAUGGCAGGACUGUCAUGCCAGGCAUCAGGCGCACCUCGCUGUCUCCACCGCCUCUCCAUCCUUCCCAUUUGCCCUUUCCCUCUCACCAGCCUCUCAGGGGCUCUUCUCUUCCCUGCUCUCCUCAGCCUUCUUCUCCCUCUGCCACAAAUGCACCAUCUCUGCAGAGGGGUGAUGCCCUGCAGCCCCGUGGUCCCACCAUCCUGCCCGUGAUUCCUGUUCCACCCGACCGGGUCAGGGCACCCACAGACAAAGCAGGGUGGGAGACCUCAGCAAAUGUACCCCCGAACAGCCAUCCUGAAGAACAAAUUGCUUUAGGCCCCCCUGGAACCCAGGUGAAAAGUGUGGAUGGGUCCUUCUUUCCACACCUAGGAGCUGCGCCCUGCUCCCCGCUGCCCACCAUCGCCAGCCCCCCCGGCUCCUCUGGCCAGGCUCCCUCCCCAGCCUCCCAUGUGUCACCUUGUCCUGCACAGCAGUGGUGCCAGCCCAUGUCACACUGUCUUCCAUUGCCUCCCCCCCACGCUGCUGUGUCUGAGGUGGCUAUGCCCAGGAGGACUCCUCCUUACAUGACAUCAUCAGCCACUGCCCACUUGAGUAAGUGGGCCGCUGGCCAGGGCGCCGGCCACGAAGACGGGUCCGUGUCGGGGCUCGCAGCGGCUCUGGCUGGUGCCAAACUGAGGAGAGUCCAGCGGCCAGAAGAUGGUUCAGGAGGGUCCAGCCCCAGUGGGGUCUCUAAGAGCGAUGCCAAUCGAACAAGUAGCGGAGGAGGCGGAGGAGGACUAAUGGAAGAAAUGAAUAAAUUACUGGCAAAAAGGAGGAAAGCAGCGUCGCAGUCAGACAAGCCAGCUGACAAAAAGGAAGAGGAAAGCCAAAAUGAUGAUGCUAGCACCUCUCCUUCAACCAGUACACGAGGCUCUGCCCAGCAGCAGCAAAAUUCAUCAGACUCUGGGAAGAAGCCAUGGGAAAGGAGCAAUUCUGUUGAGAAGCCUGUAUCUUCAUUACUUUCUAGAAAUCCAUCAGUGGUGAAGAGCUGUGAAGCUAAGAGCCCCACACAGUCCCACGUGUCUUCUAGGAUGAAGCCAGUGAGCAGCAGCAAUGAUGUGGCUAUGGAUGCCUUAGAUUUUGAUCGGAUGAAACAGGAAAUAUUGGAGGAAGUUGUAAGAGAGUUACACAAAGUGAAAGAGGAGAUAAUUGAUGCCAUACGGCAGGAGUUGAGUAGAAUCAGUACAACAUAAUAUUGAAAGCCUUUGGACGGUACUAAGAAUGCUAGGAAGAUUGGAUCAUUUCUAAGUGUACCGAGGUCAUGCAAGAUGGUGACAGAGGACACCGGCACUGUCUUUGUUCUUACACCCUUUUUAUUAGCAGACUCAGCACACUUUGAAGCUUGCUGCUGCCUUGGAUUCGCUUCAUUUUACAAGUCUUAAUCUAAAGAUUAUUAAAUUUUAAAUUUCUGGAUUUUUUAGAUUUCAUCUGACACUGCACAUUGGAUUUGUCAGCCUUUUUUGUAUUUUGUAUUUGCUUAUUUAAAUGUAUUACCUUUCUUUUUAGUAGUAGAUAAGAACACACGUGAACCAUUUGCUUUUGAUAGAUGACUUCAAAGUAAUUUUACUAGUAGUCUGCAAUGUAAAUGAAGAUCCUUUGCCAACAGAAAUGUAUUGAGGCAUCACCAGAAGAAAGAGACAUGUUUAGUUGUCAGCCAACAAGUUCUUUGUCUCAGAGUUAUCACAAUAUUAAAAAAUGGUACGUCAGUGCAUCACAGUAUCUGUGUUCAUAUUGGUAAUAAACUGUUUAUUGUCCA